AAGAAAAAAAUUGUUGGAUGUGAAUGCUUUUGGCUCUAGCUGUGCGAAAUGUAAACUUCUUUCAAACGGAGCAGGCAAGGGAGCUGAAAUCCCUCGCAAAAGCGAAGAAGCAACAAAAUGGAGUUUGCGAACAAAUUGGUGAACGCGGCGGUGAAAGCGGCGAACAACAACACGGUGAUAAACGUAUGUUUGGUGGGGUUUUUCGCGGCGUUGAGCGUCAGAUCGGUGAGCCAGCAGAGGGACAUCGAAGCCCUGGAGGCGCACAAGGACUCGCUUGCUCAGUCCAACAAGGCAAUGAAAAGGGCCAUGUGGGAGUGGAAGCAACAGCUUUUCGCUGAAGCAUCCUCCAAUGACUCUCCCUCGGUUCCACUCUCCAGGCUCAAAGCCAUCUACGGCGAAGCCCCUGUUUCUCCCCAAAUUGGGGAUGCAAUUACGGAAGAUGCAAGCUCAUCUGCCUCGAAAUUUGUAGUCUGAAUUAGUCAUAUUUGCCAAUUCUGAUGCAAGAAAUUCAGGCACAUUGGAUCCUUGACAGGCGAAACUAUACCCGGAACUAGGAAGAUGAAAAGUCAAUUGGAUUUGUAUUAUUACACUUUAAUGUUAUUCCUAGUUCAAAAAUUACCCCAAAAAAUAUUGGAUUGGUUCUAUAAAGUCCAUUUGGGAGGACGGCAAAAUAAUCAAGCCUCUGGGUUUUGUGCUUUUUGUAAACCUCAUUUUGUUAUAGAGUUGAUGUGAAAAGUCAUGUGUAUUGUUGUUGUUGCUGCGGUUAUUAUUAUUAUUAUUAUUGGUAAGCUA